AUGGAGGUUGAGGACGGAGCAGAGCUCUGCUUUCCACAACUCCUGAACACCUCCUGCAAGAAGCCCACCUCUCCUUGGCCCGAAGCUGUGAUCCUUAACAUUUUGCUGUCCACCAUCUCUCUGCUCACUGUAGCUCUCAACCUGCUUGUCAUCAUCUCAGUUUCACACUUCAGGCAGCUUGAAACUCCCACCAACAUCCUCCUCCUCUCUCUGGCUGUCUCAGACUUUCUCGUGGGCCUCCUGCUGAUGCCGGUAGAAAUCCUCCGAAAAACAUCCUGCUGGUUUCUUGGUGACCUCAUGUGUUCUCUGUACAAGUAUUUGUCCUUCGUCAUUACCUCUGCAUCAGUAGGCAUCAUGGUGCUGAUAUCAUUUGACCGUUAUGUUGCUAUUUGUGACCCUCUGCAUUACACCACCAGAAUCACUGUCAAUACAGUCAAACUCUGUGUUAGUCUGUGUUGGCUCUGUGCUGUUUGCUACAGCAGUUUCUUUGUAAAGGAUGACCUGACUCAACUAGGCAGGUAUAAUUCCUGCUAUCGAGAGUGUUUGUUUGUCAUUGACUAUAUUGCAGGAGCUGUUGACCUUGUUUUAACCUUUAUUGUUUCAGUUACUGUCAUCAUAGUUCUGUAUAUGAGAGUAUUUGCUGUGGCUGUAUCUCAGGCUCGUGCCAUGCGCUCUCACAUUACAGCUGUCACACUCCGGCUUUCAGUGACUCAAACAGCAAACAAGUCUGAGCUGAAAGCAGCCAGGACUCUUGGUGUUCUUGUAGUUGUGUUUCUCAUGUGUUUCUGCCCAUACUACUGUUUCGGUAUUACAGGUGAAUACUUGACCAAUUCUUCAAAUGCGUUCUUUAUGCUCUUUCUGUUCUAUUUUAACUCAUGUCUAAACCCUGUGAUCUAUGCCUUCUUUUACUCCUGGUUUAGAAAAGCAGUUAAACUCAUUGUCACUCUUCAGAUACUGCAGCCUGGCUCCCGUGAGGCCAAUGUACUGUAGAGAGGCUGUGGAGUGACUGAGAUCAGAGUUGCUCUAUACAAAGAAAUGAAUAUGUUCAUGUUGUUCAGUGAGUGAA